AUGCCCGCUGUGUGUGUGAUUCGUGGCGGAAAAAUCUUGUUUCACGCACACAGUGGAAACUGCUCGACUGGUUUUUACAAGACUGCUCGAGUGGCUCGGGCUUUUCGGGGCUCGUCAAAAACCUGGAGCAAAAACCCUGGAACCUGGCUUUCGUUCUUUCACCGCUCGAGAAGUUCUAGGAAAAGUGGUUCCUGAGGAGAGAAAUUCUUGUUCUUCCGCCAGAAAAUGGCUCCCAGUCCUCGUGCGGCGCUUGAGAACUCUCCGGAAGUGCGAAUUAAAUUCGAAUUCUACCGCCGUGGAAUAAACGUGACGUGACUGCGAGGCCAUAUCCUUUCGAAUUGGAAAAUAAUGGUGCAUUUGUUGCUUCGAUCGAUCGGGUAGCGAAUCCCCGCGGUCCGCAGGUUAGGGCGGAAUUUGCACAAUCGUCGUCGUGGUCUGCAUGGCCGCGAUGCCAACCUAGCACACGCGGCCAUCAUCCGCGGUGAAAAGAGAGGCUCGUGGGGCUCCAGUAAAAAUCUGCAACGCAAGCGAGCGUUGUCAUGGAUUGAAGGAGGCUGCAGAAUCGCCCCGAACAGGUUAUGUUCUCACCGUCAUCGCCGCCGCCACCGGUCGCAGCAGUCUCGGAGAAAAGUGUUGCAAAAUGGAUGAUGCCGUGCGGCGUCAGCGAGAUGGAGCAAGCCCUCAAGUCUGUGCGGGAAUGAAAUUAAUGGUGUGUCGUAGACUCAGGGACCAACAGAGGACUAUCAUCAUAGGCCACCACCAUCUGCUCACUAUUAGCUGGAAAACGCUGAUCAGCGAAAAGUUAGGCGUGUAGUGGUGGUUCAGUUUUCCAGUUAUCAUCCGCCUGCCUCGUAACUAUAGUCUGAUGAGAGUGCCGACUGAAGGAUUCAAAGGAGAUAUUCUGAUCCGACCAUUCAAAAGACACAUGGAUGGGUGAGAAGUGAGAAAUCUCCAAAAUCGCUAAACGGAAAAAGGACUCUUACGUAGAAGCAGUGAGAGAAGAAUACCUGGUUGGCAAUCGUGUGCGCUAAUCGGUGCAGACUCCACGAGAACAGAGAGGUUGUGAGAGAAAGGCUUUUAAUGGCCAUUUCGAGUUCACGUAUGCCUUAGAGCGGAUUGAGACACAUAAGCCCAAGUACAUGCUGAAGGUAACAUGAAACUUUAACGUUUCAUCUGGCAUAAUAACUUGAAUCAUCAUACCUCAGAGUUGUCAGACCUCCAUUUUCGGGAAAAUUCGGCCGAUAUAAAAGAUCUUCCAUCGCGCACCCUCUCUCUUAUUGAUUGUGUCAAAUUUUGUCCGGCGCUCUUGCUCUCUCGCGCUCUUCGGAGCAAAUUUAUGUAUCCAGAGACGAGCCAUAAAUCACACGCCCACCGAGAGAAAAGGCGAAAUCCAGCGUGCAAAAGCGAAAAGAGAUGCAAAAGACCAUUUUGCGCUUCCGGCAGCCGCUCUGGUAAUCGUUUCCGUUGGUAUCAGGCACGGUUUCUUGCUUCUGGCUCGUGUGGCGUUUGAGAUGCAUUCACCGGAAAUCGAAGGUCAAUAAAAGGAACCACCCAGCUUUGUAUAAUAGAAACAUCGAACGGCUGUUCCGGGGAGAAGGAGGCGACCGCAACGUUGUCGCUGAACGGAGGAUCAAUAUUUUAGUGCCCAUCAGCAGCUACCGGAUUUAUCAUUUUGCGCACUGACUCUCGACAGUCUAUUGUUUGGAAAUAGCAAACCAAGUGGUCUAAAAAAAGGAUUAUAUGUUCUCUGGCGCAUCAGACGACUGUGGCGGCGACAUUGACGCGCAUUGAAGCGAGCCCGUGGAAGCGAGUGGAAUCGGUAUUUCGUUUUGUCGCAUGUCGUCUACCAAUCGACAAUUGGUGUCAUCGUCGCUUCGGUUUGGUUAGCGUCGUGGCAUAUUGCCAAGCAUCCCGGAAUUCCGGAACCAGCCUAUGCUUGUUUGUGGCGAGAGCACCGGGCAUUGGGUAACCAAUUGUCUGGUUGGUUGAGUUCAAGGUACCGGGUGCACAACCGACCGAAAUAGGUGUAGCCGUGCUUGUGGUGUCAAUUUGAGAUAAAAAUUCCGUCCCCACUACCAUCCUCUGCUGCAGCAACUGCAGUUGAGCCACACUGUCAGUGACGAGAGGGAAAAAGGAUAAGAGAUACAGCGGCAGGCAGAGGCUCCUUUUGAAGAACGAGACGAAAAUGAUGUCAGCAACACAAACGUCGGUCCAGACCGCAGGAGUGCGAGAAUUCGUCGAAGGAUGGACAUUGGCACAAACGCUCGGAGAAGGAGCAUACGGAGAAGUGAAACUGCUCAUCAACCGACAGUCGGGGGAAGCAGUUGCCAUGAAGAUGGUUGAUCUGAAGAAACACCCGGAUGCAGAGUGUUCGGUCAAAAAGGAGGUGUGUAUACAGAAGAUCCUACAGCAUCCCAACAUUCUGAAAUUUUUCGGAAAGCGAACGCAGGGUGACAUUGAGUACAUCUUCCUCGAGUAUGCCGCUGGCGGUGAAUUGUUC